AUGAAUGAACAGCCUGGAGAUGCAGCCACUGUGCUGAACCUCAUUACCUGUCUCCGUGACGCCGAGUUCUCUAAAUCAAUCGAUAUUAGCAAAUUGCAGCGCUGGGGAGCGCAUUUACUUGGGCAACCUGACGUUCUAGUAUCUGGGGAGCCGACUAGAGGAGCUGUCAAGUGGGUUCUCAGUAUGCUCCCCGAUCCAGCUGGAGAAGAGGACGUAAAGCUUAGCAACCCGGUUCCUACUGUCGACGCUAUCCUUAAGGAGGCAGCGCUUCUAAAGAGCAAGUGCAGCAUCGAAAGCAUAAUUGGCCCAGAUAUACACCCGCAUAGUGAAAACCAACCAGGCAGGACUGGUACUCCUGACGUAGAUGAUAACGAAAGCAGUGGCAGCAAUGAUGUAGAUGAUGCGAUGAGCAGCGGCAGGGACAGAAAGAGGACAGCAGCCGAACCUGCCGAACGAAAAGCGGCCAAGUGCAGGAAGUCUCUACCGUCAGCCUGUCAACCCACGAGCAACGCCGACGUUGUCGUGGCUGCCUCCUCGUCCCUUCAAGCAGCACCUCGGCGACGCGGGUCAUACCCUAGCGCUCAAAGGGUUAUGCGUACUAAGGCACUGCCGCAAAGGAACCGCAAAGUUGCCAUAGCGUCACUCCCGCAGAUGCUGACACCCUCGUCUAUAUCGGCAGACUUGCUAGAGGCCUCGACAAGCCGGGGGCGGGAGUCUCAGAGCCCUUCACCUCUAGCCUCCGAUCGCAGGUCCGUCAGCGGCAAUGAAAACGGCAAGGCCGCCGCCGCUACGGCCAUCUAUUCCCUGUCGCUCCCCGCGCGCCAUAAGAUACUGUCUAAAUUCGAUACGUUUUACCGUUUAAACCUGAUACCGAGGGACCAACUGGUCGCUCUGCUAGUACACGAGAGAUGCUGCCUCGCCGCUAUUCUUUACAUGAGGUGCCAACUUGAUGAGUUCUUGGAGGCCGUUAAGGAUCAGAACGAUUGCCGCAAGGGUGAUGACGCUUGCGAGCUGGAAAAGGGACUCUCUACCAGCGACUGUUAG